CAUCUCUCACUCAACGCACGCAUAUACACGCUUUUCUGUUCCUCUCUCUCUGUCUCUCCAAUUACUGAUCUUCUUCCUUCCCUUGUCUACGACGAAACCCGUCAACGCACUGAGAAGAUCACAUCCUCCUCUUGCUUCUCCAAUCCACAGUCUCGUCCAGGGAGGUUCCAGGAAGCUCUAGUUUUUUAGCGUGCCUUGGAGGUAGAUCUGAAGAUCUUGAAAAGCUGGCGGCCACACUAGCUUGGAGGUUUGCUGCCAGCAAUGGGAGCAGCCUUGCCACUCAUGAUCUGGAAAGAAAUGGGGAUGCCAAGCCUCAAGAUUCAGAGCCUCCAACUCCACAUUCACUGAUGAAGUUGGGUUUGAGAGACCGUAGUACAAGCAUGGAGGAUCCGGAUGGGACAUUAGCUAGUGUUGCCCAAUGUAUUGAGCAGUUGCGGCAGAAUUCCUUAUCUGCCCAAGAGAAAGAGUACUCCCUGAGGCAGUUGCUCGAGCUUAUUGAUACGCGCGAAAAUGCUUUCAGUGCUGUUGGAUCACAUUCUCAGGCUGUUCCAGUCCUCGUGUCUCUUCUUCGAUCGGGAUCACUUGGGGUAAAGAUCCAGGCUGCUACUGUUUUAGGCUCCCUGUGUAAGGAGAAUGAACUACGGGUUAAAGUAUUACUUGGGGGUUGCAUUCCACCACUGCUUGGUCUUCUCAGGUCCAGUUCAGCAGAAGGUCAAAUUGAAGCUGCAAAAACUAUUUAUGCUGUUUCUCAAGGUGGUACUAAGGAUCAUGUUGGCUCAAAAAUUUUUUCAACUGAAGGAGUUGUGCCAGUGCUGUGGGAGCAACUAGAAAAGGGGCUCAGGGCUGGAAACUUAGUUGAUAACUUACUGACUGGAGCUUUAAGAAACCUUUCCAGCAGCACUGAAGGAUUCUGGCCUGUGACAAUACAAGCUGGGGGAGUAAAUGUACUUGUGAAGUUGCUGACAACUGCACAGGCAAGUAUUCAAGCGAAUGUAUGCUUUCUCCUCUCAUGUAUGAUGUUGGAGGAUGCAUCUGUUUGUUCCAGGGUCCUGGCUGUGGAUGCUACAAAAUUACUCCUUAAGCUACUUGGACCUGGUAAUGAAGCUUCUGUCAGAGCAGAAGCUGCAGCUGCUCUUAAAUCUCUUUCUGCCCAAAGUAAAGAAGCAAGAAGGGAGAUAGCUAAUUCUAAUGGUAUACCUGCUUUAAUAAAUGCUACAAUAGCUCCUUCAAAAGAAUUCAUGCAAGGCGAGUAUGCCCAAGCUUUGCAGGAGAAUGCAAUGUGCACUCUUGCAAACAUUUCUGGUGGCUUGUCAUACGUCAUCUCAAGCCUUGGUCAAAGCCUUGAAUCAUGCACUUCACCUGCACAGGUUGCUGACACAUUGGGAGCUUUAGCUUCAGCUCUUAUGAUAUAUGACAGCAAAGCAGAGACUACUAGAGUAUCAGAUCCUGUGGCUGUUGAGCAGACACUGAUUAAGCAGUUUAAACCCCGCUUACCAUUUCUUGUGCAGGAGCGAACCAUAGAAGCCUUUGCCAGUUUAUAUGGCAAUGACAUACUCUCAAGCAAACUUGCAAAUUCUGAUGCAAAACGUCUGCUGGUUGGUUUGAUCACAAUGGCAACCAAUGAAGUUCAGGAUGACUUGAUAAGGUCCCUUCUUGUACUUUGCAGCAAUGAAGGCAGCUUAUGGCAUGCCCUUCAGGGUCGUGAAGGGAUUCAGCUGUUGAUAUCUCUUCUUGGGCUUUCAUCAGAGCAGCAACAGGAGUGUGCUGUUGCUUUGCUUUGCCUCUUAUCUAUUGAGAAUGAUGAAAGUAAAUGGGCCAUCACAGCUGCUGGUGGCAUACCUCCACUUGUUCAAAUUCUGGAGACGGGGUCUGCAAAAGCGAAAGAAGACUCUGCUACAAUUCUUGGGAACCUUUGUAAUCACAGUGAAGAUAUACGGGCAUGUGUUGAAAGUGCUGAUGCUGUUCCUGCUUUGUUAUGGCUACUGAAGAACGGAAGUCCCACUGGCAAAGAGAUUGCUGCAAAGACAUUGAACCAUUUGAUCCACAAAUCAGAUACAGCAACUAUCAGCCAACUCACAGCAUUAUUAACCAGUGAUUUACCCGAAUCUAAAGUUUAUGUCUUGAAUGCAUUAAGAAAUUUGCUUUCUGUGGUCCCUCUCAGCGAUAUGUUGCGUGAAGGUACUGCUGCAAAUGAUGCAAUUGGGACAAUGAUAAAACUUUUAAGCUCUACCAGAGAAGAAACUCAGGCUAAGUCUGCAUCGGCUCUUGCUGCAAUCUUUGAUCUCAGGAAAGACUUGCGUGAAAGUAGCAUUGCUGUCAAUACUCUUUGGUCAGCCUUGAAGCUUCUAAAUGCUGAAUCUGAAAACAUUUUAGUGGAGUCAUGCCAUUGUCUUGCUGCAAUAUUUCUGUCAAUUAAAGAGAACCGCGAUAUGGCUGCAGUUGCUAGAGAUAUGUUGCCUUCACUAGUGGUGCUUGCUAACUCUUCAAUCCUGGAAGUUGCAGAGCAGGCAGUAUGUGCUUUGGCAAAUCUUCUUUUGGACAGUGAAGUAUCAGAUAAAGCUAUUCCUGACGAAAUUAUUGUGCCAGCUACCAGGGUUUUGCGCGAAGGCACGGUAGGUGGAAAGACCCAUGCUGCAGCAGCAAUUGCUCGGCUUCUGCAUUCUCAUCAGAUUGAUUCAGCCUUAACUGAUUGUGUGAAUCGCAAUGGGACAGUUCUUGCACUGGUUGUUUUCCUAAAAUCUGCUGACAGUGGAUCUGUGGCCACAUCAGAGGCAUUAGAUGCACUUGCUUUUCUGUCAAGGUCAGAAGGAACUAGUGGGCACAUCAAACCUGCUUGGGCAGUCCUAGCUGAAUUCCCAGAUAGUAUAACUCCGAUAGUUUCAUGUAUCGCUGAUGCAACACCCUUGUUGCAGGACAAAGCUAUUGAAAUAUUGUCACUUCUUUGUCGGGCUCAGCCUGUUAUUCUAGGAAACACAAUUGCCUGUGCCUCUGGAUGUAUUACUUCAGUUGCCAGAAGGGUUAUUAGUUCCUCAAAUGUUGGGGUCAAAAUUGGAGGAACUGCUCUUAUUGUUUGUGCUGCGAAAGUAAAUCGCCAAAAAGUAGUGGAAGAUUUAAAAGAAUCAAAUUCACGUGCCCAUGUCAUUCAAUCACUUGUUCGAAUGCUGAAUUCUACAGGCCAUGGGGACAAGGAAACCAUAAGCAUCUACAGGCAUACUGAAGAGGAAGCAAGGAAUAACGAAACUGAGACAACUACAUCAGUUAUCUAUGGUGCCAACAUAGCUAUAUGGCUACUCUCAGCUCUUGCAAGCUAUGACAACAGCAGUAAAAUUGAGAUUAUGGAGGCUGGAGCAAUAGAAGUACUAACUGACAGAAUUUCACAAUACACUCAGGUUGAUUUUAGAGAAGACACUAGCAUAUGGAUUUGUGCACUACUACUGGCAAUUUUAUUUCAAGAUAGAGAUAUCAUAAGAGCGCAUGCAACAAUGAAGGCUGUACCAGUACUCGGUUACUUGUUGAAGUCGGAGGAGUCAGCAAAUAGAUAUUUUGCUGCUCAAGCUAUCACCAGUCUAGUCUGUAAUGGUAGCAGGGGAACUCUUCUAUCUGUUGCGAAUUCUGGAGCAGCAGGUGGGCUUAUUUCAUUACUUGGGUGUGCUGAUGUUGAUAUUUGUGAUCUUCUGGAAUUAUCGGAGGAAUUUGCUUUGGUGCGUUAUCCAGAACAAGUUGCUCUUGAGAGGUUAUUUCGAGUAGAUGACAUUAGAGUUGGUGCUACUUCUCGGAAAGCAAUACCUUCCCUUGUUGAUCUACUUAAGCCAAUUCCAGAUCGUCCAGGGGCACCUUUUCUAGCACUUGGUCUUCUGAUCCAGCUUGGAAAAGACUGUCCCUCGAAUAAGAUUGUUAUGGUGGAAUCAGGGGCUUUGGAAGCACUGACCAGAUAUCUUUCCCUUGGGCCACAAGAUGCAACUGAGGAAGCCGCUACUGAUCUCCUGGGCAUCCUAUUUGGCACGGCUGAAAUUCGAAGACAUGAAUCUGCAUUUGGUGCCGUCAGUCAACUCGUGGCAGUCUUACGUUUAGGUGGAAGAGGGGCAAGGUAUAGUGCUGCUAAAGCACUGGAAAGCUUAUUUUCUGCUGAUCACAUCAGAAAUGCAGAAUCUGCUAGACAAGCUGUUCAACCAUUGGUGGAAAUUCUGAACACUGGUUUAGAGAAGGAACAGCAUGCUGCUAUUGCUGCACUGAUUAGGUUGCUAAGUGAAAACCCAUCAAGAGUCCUUACUGUCGUAGAUGUUGAAAUGAAUGCAGUGGAUGUUCUUUGCAGGAUCCUUUCGUCGAAUUGUUCUAUGGAGCUGAAGGGGGAUGCUGCUGAGUUGUGUCGUGUUUUCUUUGGAAAUACGAGAAUCAGAUCUACAAUGGCUGCAGCUCGAUGUGUCGAGCCUCUGGUCUCUCUUCUUGUAACUGAGUUCAGUCCUGCUCAACAUUCAGUUGUCCGCGCAUUGGAUAAACUCUUGGAUGAUGAGCAACUGGCUGAACUAGUUGCUGCACAUGGUGCAGUUAUUCCUCUGGUAGGCCUUCUCUGUGGUCGAAAUUACAUGCUUCAUGAGGCUAUUUCCAGGGCUCUUGUGAAGUUAGGUAAAGACAGGCCAUCUUGUAAGAUGGAAAUGGUGAAAACAGGAGUAAUUGAGAGUGUGCUACAUAUCCUCCAUGAUGCACCAGAUUUCCUCUGUGCGGCUUUUUCAGAAUUACUCCGUAUAUUGACUAAUAAUGCUACCAUUGCGAAGGGUCCAUCUGCAGCAAAAGUAGUUGAACCCCUUUUCCUGUUGCUAACAAGAUCAGAAUUUGGACAUGAAGGACAGCACAGUGCUUUGCAGGUUCUUGUGAACAUCUUAGAGCACCCUCAGUGUCGUGCUGAUUAUACCUUGACGUCUCACCAAGCUAUUGAACCACUUAUCCCUCUAGUUGAUUCUCCUGUUUCGGCUGUGCAACAGUUGGCAGCUGAGCUUCUAUCUCAUCUACUUAUGGAAGAGCAUCUUCAGAAGGAUUCAGUGACGCAGCAAGUCAUUGGUCCCCUGGUAAGAGUUCUUAGUUCUGGUAUACACAUUUUGCAGCAGAGAGCUGUAAAGGCUCUUGUUAGCAUAUCACUAACUUGGCCUAAUGAAAUUGCCAAAGAGGGUGGUGUAAGUGAGCUGUCCAAAUUGAUAUUGGAGGCUGAUCUAUCCCUUCCUCAUGCCUUGUGGGAAUCUGCUGCUUCUGUUUUAUCCUGCAUUCUGCAAUAUAGUUCUGAGUUUUAUUUGGAAGUACCUAUAGUUGUGUUGGUAAGGUUGCUUUGUUCGGGCGCAGAAAGCACAGUAAUUGGUACAUUGAAUGCACUUCUGGUUUUGGACACUGAUGAUCCUACCAGUGCUGAAGCAAUGGCUGAAAGUGGGGCCAUUGAGGCCCUUUUGGAACUUCUAAGAUCUCACCAGUGUGAGGAAACCGCUGCAAGACUUUUGGAGGUAUUGCUGAACAAUGUGAAGAUCAGAGAAACAAAAGCUACAAAGUCUGCUAUCUUGCCAUUAUCCCAGUACCUGUUGGAUCCACAAACACAAGGUCAGCAAGCUAGGUUACUGGCAACUCUUGCUCUUGGUGAUCUGUUCCAGAAUGAGGCUCUUGCUCGUAGUACAGAUGCUGUUUCAGCCUGCCGGGCUUUAGUGAAUCUGCUUGAGGAUCAGCCUACAGAAGAAAUGAAAGUGGUAGCUAUAUGUGCCUUGCAAAACCUUGUAAUGUAUAGUCGAUCAAAUAAAAGGGCAGUUGCAGAAGCUGGCGGCGUUCAGGUUGUGCUGGAUCUGGUUGGUUCAAGUGAUCCAGAUACAUCGGUUCAAGCCACAAUGUUUAUUAAACUUUUGUUCUCGAAUAAUACCAUUCAAGAGUAUGCGUCCAGUGAAACAGUCAGAGCUAUAACUGCCGCUAUUGAGAAAGAUUUAUGGGCCACUGGAACAGUAAAUGAGGAAUAUCUGAAAGCUUUAAAUGCUCUAUUCAGCAACUUCCCGCGUUUGAGAGCCACAGAGCCUGCAACACUUAGUAUUCCACAUCUUGUCACCUCACUGAAGACUGGUUCAGAGGCCACUCAAGAAGCUGCCUUGGAUGCUCUAUUUCUGCUUAGGCAAGCUUGGUCGGCAUGCCCAGCUGAAGUCAGUAGAGCGCAGUCAAUUGCUGCUGCUGAUGCAAUUCCCUUGUUGCAAUACUUAAUUCAAUCAGGCCCACCUCGGUUUCAAGAGAAGGCAGAAUUUCUGUUGCAGUGUUUGCCUGGAACCUUAACUGUAAUAAUUAAACAUGGCAACAAUAUGAAGCAGUCAGUUGGAAACCCAAGUGUUUAUUGCAAGCUUACACUUGGCAAUACCCCACCUAGGCAAACCAAGAUUGUAUCGACUGGUCCUAAUCCAGAAUGGGAUGAGAGCUUUGUCUGGUCCUUUGAAAGUCCUCCAAAAGGCCAGAAACUUCAUAUUUCAUGCAAGAAUAAGAGCAAAAUGGGGAAGAGCUCAUUCGGAAAGGUAACCAUCCAGAUCGACCGCGUUGUAAUGCUGGGGGCAGUUGCCGGUGAGUACACUCUGUUGCCUGCAAGCAAAAGUGGGCCCCCACGAAAUCUGGAGAUAGAAUUCCAGUGGUCUAACAAGUAGCAGCCGAUGCCGAAUUAAACCUCGGGAACAUACAUGUUUUCAAUUUAUUUAUUUAACUUUAUUUAAUGAGUCGGUGUAUAUAGUUUCCUAGAGAUUUUACUUUUGGGUAGUGCUCGUCUACAGUCCUAAAAUGGCCAUUUGCUGGUGUAUUCUUUUGUAACUUGAUCCCCGCUUCUAUUCUUGAGAAGGUUUUGGACUUUUAUAUGUCUUUCUUUGUAAUUUUUGUAUUGAUAUUUUUCAGCUUGUCGAAUUCAGAGGAAAAUAAUGGAGUGUAUGGUAUGGAACAUAUUUUUUGGUUGUAUAAUUUGUUUGUGUAUAUUGCAAAAUUAAUGAGAAAAG